CCCCACGAUUUUCGAGCAAAAUGAUGAAGGCCCUAGCUUCUAAUAUUAUACUACCAGAGUCAAAGAAUAGAUUGCGCCUCUGUACUUUCUUCGUCGCCGUUAUCCUUGGUGCAGGAGUCUAUUUCAUUGCAAGUGAAUUCAUUACAAAGGAAAUCUUUAGAUGGGAGGUGUUUUAUUCCACUCGAAAUGUAAUAUCCAGCAGGUGCAAGAAUCAAUGCAGGCUUCCCGGGAGUGAGUUUUUGCCGGAAGGAAUCGUUAGUAAAACAUCUAACUUUGAAUUGCAGCCUCUAUGGGGGUCGACUUUAAACAAUAAAACGCCGAAGGAUUCGAAGAACUUGUUAUCUAUGGCUGUUGGAAUCAAACAGAGACACGUAGUGUCAAAAAUUGUUGAAAAGUUCCCUCGAGAUGAUUUUGAUGUGAUGCUUUUUCAUUAUGAUGGUGUUGUGGAUGAAUGGAGGGAUUUUUCAUCGAGAUGA